UCCACCAUUUCCGAUCUUUUCAUGACCCGCGCUGCUUCAUAAUCAUCUUCAGUCCCCUCUAGGGUUUCCAUAGUCCGAUUUUCUCUGCUCUAUCUCCAUUUUGGUUCGCACAAUAUCGAUUGUGCUUUCGAGGUAUUAAGCAUAUUCAUUGCAAUUCAUUAUAAAAACUUCUAUCCAUGCUAACUUAGAUCCAUCCCUUCUCUUUCUGAACCCUAGGAAGAGGGAUCUGCAUAUGGGCAAACCAAAGAAAAAGGAGGUUGGAAAUCCUUCUAUAACCUCAGAAGAACCCCUGCCGGUAAAAAAGAACCGCAAAAAGCUAAAAGGUGCAAAAAAAAUUGCGAAAAAGUCUUCGAAGGGAAAAAGCGAAAUAUCUGACAAGUUAACUACCAAGGACAUCAAAACUGUCAAGGAAAUUGCUAUUAAACUAGAUGGGAGUACCCAGGUGAAUGAAAAAGGGGAAGCCAGCACUAAAGGAAAAGAAGCUAGCACCAAUGAAACGAUUGGUGGGUUGAUAUUCAUGUGCAAUGGUAAAACUAAACCUGAUUGCUUCCGUCACAAGGUCUUUGGCCUUCCAGAAAAUAGGAAAGACUUUGUUUUUCGUAUUAAACCUGGCACAAAACUUUUCCUGUAUGAUUUCGAUUUAAAAGUUCUAUAUGGCAUCUUCAAAGCAUCAUCAUUUGGUGGGAUCAAACUUGAGCCUGCAGCUUUCAAUGGUUUCUACCCUGCGCAGGUGCGUUUUGAGGUUGAGCGUGCUUGUGCCCCUUUACCUCUUCACAUCUUCAAGCAUGCCAUCAAGGAUAAUUACACUGGCAUCAGAAAUAAGUUCAAUAUAGAACUAUCCGUUGAGCAAGUAAACGAGCUCACAAAGUUAUUCCCAUCUUUACCCCCGCAACAACCAAUAUUUAACGAGGAUGCUCCUGUGCCCCAACCAAUCCAACCUCUAGCCCCAGUUCCAACUCCAGUCCCAUUAUUAUGGCCCACAAUGGUUCCCUUUGAUGGUCCAGCCCCAUUGCAGAGGGAGUUUGUCCAAGCUCCGGUCGGUGCCGUGCCACUCGAUCCCCGGUCUUUGAAUGAACAUGAAUAUAUAAAUUUCGGCUUAAAUCCAAACCAGUUCUUGGUCUCCCCUGCUACAGCCCCAGAUGUAUACACUCAUCCUUAUAUAGCAGUAGGACCCUAUGAACCCAAAAUAAACUACCAUAAUGAUCCCUUGCGGCCAUUAGUCCCCGUUCAACAAGCUCAUGUCAGAUUACCAUAUGCUCUGCCCAGAAUAGGCACUUUUGAGCCUGGAGCUUCACGGGAUGCCAGAAUCAGCGAAAUGCAUCCCAUUCUUGCACCAAAUGCACUAUCUGGUUAUGUGAACAGGGAUUCUCGAUCAGUCUCUUCACGAUAUUUAUUUGCUGGUCCUUCAAUCUAUUAUAGAUAAGGCCCUGCUUGAGAAAAUUCAAGAAUGAAGGGCGUACUAUGUUGCCUUCUUGGUAUUGAAGUUGUAGGUUGUUUACAAUUUGUUUAAGUUCCAUUUGGAGGUUCUGCUUGGUAUGAUUUUGUGCUGCAACGAAUUAUCACUCAGCAUCUAUGUUAUAAAAUUGGUUUGAAAAUGUUAAUGCGAUUCUCCCGUCUGAGAAGAACAUUUGUCAGUUAGAGCACUUGAAAUUCUAAUCUGUGAUGUAUGGUUUUUGUCUCUCUAUUUGUGUUUGUUUUGAUGUUUUGAACUAAGUGCUGUGAGUUCCCAGUUUUAGCGGAAGUUCCAUUCAUGAA